UCCUUUUAAAUUAGAUAAUCAACACAUACAUACAAUAUAUUUUCUUUAUCGGAAAAUAUUAAUAUAGGAUAAUACAAUGUAUGAUAAAAAUAAUAUUUUUAGUUUACGAGUUUGGUUUGAUAUUUGUAAUUUUAAAAAUCCUGUGCUACUUCUAUAUCAACAAAAUAUUGUUAUAAAUUUUAUUGCAUUUGCAAACAAAACAAACUGGCGCUUAUUUUAAUUAAUUAUAUAUGGAAGAAUAAAAAGGAAUGUUUCUAUCCUUGUGAUAAUAUCUUUUUUAAUUGAAACAAAUGGCUUUUAUGUACCGGGUGUUGCACCAGUUGAAUUUAAGAAAGGACAAAAAAUUGAUGUUAAAGCAGUUAAAAUGACAAGUACUCAUACACAAUUACCAUAUGAAUAUUAUUCUCUUAAGUUUUGUAGACCAAAGAAUGGAACAUUUAUUUAUAAAUCAGAAAAUUUGGGAGAAGUAUUACGUGGUGAUAGGAUUGUAAAUACACCAUAUGAAGUUAUGAUGAAACAAGAUAUAAGCUGUAGACUUUUAUGUCAUGGACCAAAUAAUCCAAUGACCUGGAAUGAAGAAGAAUCUCGAUGUGCAAUAGAACGUAUUCAGCAUGAUUAUUCCGUUCAUUUAUUAAUAGAUAAUUUGCCAGCUGCUACGAAGAAAUUUCAUAAAGGAACUAACAGUGAAGUAGUUUAUCAUGGAUAUAGAUUAGGAGGUGUUAUAGGUGAUCAAGUUUAUAUUAAUAAUCAUUUAAUAUUGAAAUUAGGAUAUCACGAACACGGAGAAAAUCAAUUUAGAGUAGUAGAAUUUGAAGUGGAAGCUCGAUCAGUUGAUAUAAAUCAAUUGAAAUAUGAAGGAAACACAUGUAUAUUACCUUCUCAAACAAGCCCGCAAUUUGUUAAUCCUAAAAGUACUAGAUUGUUAUUCUUAUAUUCUGUGGAAUGGAAAAAAUCAGAUGUGAGUUGGGCAAGCAGAUGGGACACAUAUCUAGGAAUGAAUGACGUUGAAAUUCAUUGGUUCUCUAUUAUAAAUUCACUCAUUGUAGUUUUUUUUCUAUAUGGUAUUCUUACAACGAUCAUGGUAAGGACUCUUAGAAGAGAUAUAGCUCGUUAUAAUGCAGGUGACAGCGAUAGUUUAGCUGGUUUAGAUGAAACCAUUGAAGAGACUGGUUGGAAAUUAGUUCACGGAGAUGUUUUCAGACCACCUCCCAAUUCACGUUUGUUUGCUGCAGUGAUAGGCAAUGGCAUUCAAAUAUUUUUUAUGGCACUAAUUACAAUAUUUUUUGCCAUGCUUGGAAUGCUUUCACCAGCAAGUAGAGGAGCAUUAGGAACUUGUGCUAUAUUUUUAUUUGUAUUUUCUGGAUCAAUCGCUGGAUAUUUUUCCGCACGCCUCUAUAAAACUAUGCGAGGACGAGAAUGGAGAAGAGCUGCACUAUUGACAGCAACACUUUAUCCUGGUAUAGUGUUUACUACAUGCUUUUUCCUAAAUUUCUUCAUAUGGGGAAAACACAGUUCAGGAGCAGUUCCAUUUACUACUAUGUUAGCAUUGCUUUGUCUGUGGUUUGGUAUCUCACUUCCUUUAGUAUAUCUUGGAUAUUUCUUUGGUUAUCGUAAACAUCCAUUUACACAUCCUGUGAGAACAAAUCAAAUUCCUAGGCAAAUUCCAGAUCAGUUAUGGUAUAUGAAUCCAAUAUUCUGUACAUUGAUGGCUGGUAUACUACCAUUUGGUGCUGUGUACAUAGAAUUAUUCUUCAUUUUGACUGCAUUAUGGGAAAAUCAAUUUUACUAUCUUUUUGGAUUUUUAUUUUUAGUAUUUUGUAUUCUUGUCAUUUCAUGUUCUCAAAUAUCUAUAGUUAUGGUGUAUUUGCAGUUAUGCGCAGAAGAUUAUAGAUGGUGGUGGAGAAGUUUUAUAGUUAAUGGUGGAUCAGCUGUAUAUAUGUUAGCAUAUUCGAUUUUUUACUUUAUGACCAAAUUAGAAAUAACAGAAUUGGUUCCAACGUUGAUGUAUUUUGCAUAUACAGCUUUAAUGGUGCUUACAUUUUGGUUGUUAACUGGUACAAUUGGCUUCUUCGCUGCAUAUGCUUUCAUUCGAAAAAUAUAUGCAGCAGUUAAAUAGAUUAGUCAUAAUUGUCAUAAAUGAACUAAGUGAGUGCUGUGCGAAUGUAACUUUAUCUAUUUGUUCAUGGUGAGUAUUAGAUUAUUUUUUAAUUGUGAGAUUAAAAUGAAAGCAGUAUAUCUGCUUGUUAAAUUAUGAAGCAAAAUAAGAGUUAAUAAAAUCUAAAGUAAUACAUUUUAUGUACGUAUGUAUGUAUGUAAACAUACAUUUAAAACAACAUUUACAUACAUAAUACAAAAUGCUAUUAAUAAAUUACAAAGAACUAUACAUAGUUUAUAUGAUAUACAUUAUAUGUAUGUGAAUUUAUAAAGCUAUUUUCAGUGUAAAAAUCGACACAUUUUUUCAUGCAUCACAAAAAUAUUAUAGAAGUAUUAUGUUUCCUUUAAAUCUAAAUUGUUUAGUUUUUUAAUGGUAGAAGUACUUAGGAUUUAUAGAAGCAGAGGAAGUAUUAUUUGUCAAUCCUUGUAAAUUGUGAAGAUCAAGAUAGAUGCAUUAGUUAUUAUUUAUUAUAAUGUAAUGAUACCUAGUUGAAUUAAUUAUAUAUAUGAAUUAUUAGUUCGUAAUAUAAAAAAUAUCUAAUUUAAUAUGUCAUGGGUAAUUUACAUAUUAUUAUGAAUAUCUAUUUGAUUAAAUAUGAUUUGUUUACUAAUAAUUUUAUAAACAUUGUAUACAUUUUUAGUUAUUAGUAUAGUCUUUUAGUUAUUAGUAUAUAUAAUUUCCAUUAUUAUUUAAUAUUAAUAGGAUUUAUAAUCCUCUUUAUUAAAAUUAUAUAAAUUUUUAUUCAUAAUAUAGUUAUAUUUUAUAAAUAUGGCUUAAUAUAUUUAAUAAUAUAUAUUCAUUAUUAACAAAAUGUAAACAAUUAAUGUGUAUAGUUAAAAAAAAUUUUUGUUUUAUGCUAUAAAUAAUGUAAAUAACAUAUCUGCCCAUGACAUGUGUUGAUGUAUAAUUUCUUUAAUAUUAUUGCUUAUAUUCAUACAUUUAUUAAACAAUGUACAGAUAAAAUUUCCUUUGUCUAUAUUUUAUUUGGAAUACUAAAAUAAUAGAACUAUAAAUAUGUAGAAAUGUAUGAAAGACCAGAUUAAUAUUGUGGUUUCAUCUUUAGAAAUACAAUUAGAAUUGUUUUAGGUAUAUAUUUUAUAAUUAAACAUAUGAAAAUGCAUGCUAUACUUAUUAUAUAUAUUAAGAUCACAGUAGAUUCAACUGGCAUGUAACACUUUGAUACAGAAAAAUUAUUUGGAGUGAAUAUACCCUACAACAAAAUUUCAUAUAACUCUUGCAGAGCUAUCAUAUUUAACAAAAUAUUUGAUAUAUUAAAAAGCUUACCAACAAGAAAGAUGGGUUAUCGAUAUUUCUCCAACUAAAGGAGGGGAUAGUAAAUUCCAAAAUAUCAUCUCUGUGUAUUCUUCUGCAACCAUAGUGAGUGUGACCAUCAACAACCAGUCUUGGGUUUAAAAUAUCUAAAAGCUUUAAAUUCAUCUAUUUUAUAUACUUAAAAAUAAAACGGAUAAUAUUUAGAAUA